AUGUAUAAGUUCCUCCCCAAUAUUGUAGGAAAAAAGGCAGCUCCUAUUCAUAUUACAAUCAACGUACAAGAUGUUAACGACAAUGGGCCUCGUCUAGAAAUAUCUGACAAUCAUAUACGACUUUCCAAUAACAGACUUAUUGCGCCCUUCCUUGUCCAGGUCCUGGACGGCGACAGUCCGAGUGCAAAUAAGAAUCAUUUGGCACUUAGUGGAAGCGCUGCUAGUUUUCUAAGUCUUUCCAAAGUAUCCAAGAACCUUUACCAGAUUGACGUCACUGGUUUCGCUGCUUCUGGCAAUCAUAACUUAGAAAUUACCGUUUCUGAUUCGAAGUCGUCUGAUAAAGUGGCGGUAGACGUCCAAGUGCAGAAUUCUCGCUCUCAUGCUCGCUUCAGGCGAACGAAAUACUCGCGAUCCGUCACAGCUGAUAAAAUACACGAGGGCAAUCAACUCCUGCAGGUAGAGCUGGAGGGUGUUCCUAUAGAUGAAGCACGCUUUGUAAUUUUGCAAGGAAAUCCCGGCUGGCUCAGCAUAGACGACUACGGUGGACGUGUCGGAAUAGCGAAGUUCAUUAAAACAGGAAUUCUAGGUAAAGUAUUUAGCAUCAUUAUGUAUGACAUUUGGGCGAACAAACGUUCAACUUUUUACGGAUCGUCAAGUGGUAAAGAAGACAGGUUUAGAGGCAUAGUUUGAAG